AUGUCUCUUGAUGGGGACAACAAAGAUGACAUCCCGGCCUACCUAGCGACCUUAAUCAAAGCCAGCAAAGACCAGCCCGUCUUCGAGUACAGCGACAAAUACCUGAUCGAGAACGCCAACAACAACGGCGUUUCGGAGAAUUCGGUGAAAAAACGAAAGUGCUACUCGGUCAGCAUCAAACUAGAAGCCAUACAGUACGCCAAGAAACAUACCACGUUCAUGGCGGCCGAAAAGUACGGUGUAGAUAGGAAGUGUAUCAGAGAUUGGAUGAUCAAGGAAAAGGAACUGGAGAAGUGCACGGGCGAUCAAAAGCGAAUCAAAGGAGCUGGCCGUCCACCGAGGCCAACGAAGAACUCAGCUGAGGAGGAGGAGAAGGAGGAGACGUACGAUGAUAAUGUCUUUGUCACUUUGUUGUCGCAGAUCCAGAAAAAAGUUCAGGUGAAUAUCUUGGGGAUCAUAUUUUUGCUUCAUACCUAAAUUCUACGUCUUUCGGUCUAUAGUUGUGUUGUCUUACUUAAAUAUACGGUCAAAAAAUUGAGAUGUUGCCUUUUUUCGGUGCGUUUAGGCGACAGAAUUGAGGUGUAAAGUAGAAUUUAAACGCAAAUUUAAAAAUAAAGUACAAAAAUAACAAACAUGGAAAUAGAAGCAAGGUGUGUUUCUAGCCUAACUUAUUAAAAUUUGUUACAGAAUGAAGACUCCGAGCCUCUCCAACCAUUACCAUCAACAACAUCGACCAAAAAGAAAGGAGAAGCCCCACCACUACUAGAACGAAUGGAUGAUGACGAUGAAACCGUCGACAACGAACCCCCUCCAUUAAUCGCUGCCAACUCGAACUCAUCGUACAGCCUGAGACCGAAGAGGACGGUCGUAGUACCAGCCACAGUUGCACCACCUUUGAAGAAGGCCAGAGUCAGCUUGGCACCCAUACCAAGCACGUCAAAUGGCUCGGAUGCGGAUCUGAUAAAACAACUCAGAACUCAGCUGACAGAGAAGAACACCGAGAUUCACUUGCUUAAGAAGAAGUUGUUGGCGACGGAAGAGUUGCUGGCAUUCUACAUGAACACUACCACGCCCGAAAUCAACGAGUCUGAGAGUUUGGUUGCAAAGUCGGAAGCGAAUGACAAACCUCAACAAAAUCAGGUAAGAUUUGGCCUAUUUUAUGAAAAAGUCGGGUUCAAAACAGUCGACAAAUUUAGUUUUGGAUUUUUGAAAAAAGUUUGUCAACAUCAAUGAUGACAUCACUAAAACUGAUCUUUUUGACAAAAAAUAACAACUUCUAGAAGUAUAUCACCAUAUGUAUCAAUAUCAUCAUUAUAAAAAUAUGUUUCAGGCCUUAAAGAUUGGAAACCAACGGAUCUCAUGGAAAGCGGCCAGGCCCCAGUCCCCUCAGGCGACGGCGAUGGUCGUUGAAUGCUCGCAAGACAGUCUACAACAGCAUCUCUCCGGCUUGAACCGAGCCGACUCCACUGACCUCGACUCCAAUAGUAACGAAGUAACGAGUACCUAAUUCGACUUAGGCUUUUAUUGUUGAUACGGAACACUCACGUUCUAUUGUUGAUUAUCUAUUGUAUUCAGUAUAUGGUACUAAGUAAUUUAAUAAAUUAUUAUUGAUUUAUAUAAUGGAAAAUAGAAAGAUUGUUGAUAAUGUCUACAUUAUAGCAGUAAAAGUUGUGGGAUGAGAAUACCAUAUGACUUAAAGUUGUACGAUAAACAUUCUUUUUCGAUUUUUUGGAAUUUAAAAUUUUAAAAAAGCUGUUGAAUUAAUAUUUCUGUUACUUUUGAUGCGGUGGUUGUUGCUACCAGUGCUGGUCGUUUGCUAUUUCAAUGGUAUUUUAGGCAAAACUGUAACAACUGAAGGCUCCAAAUGGCAUGACCUCAGAUCGAAAAGGACCGUCAACAUUACUUUAGACGACACUGAAAGCAGGCCGGGAGUUAAUGUGUUUAUGUAUCUGGACUACGCUGAUGAAUUUCAAAUCAGAUUUGAUGCCAAUGUAGGUUUCUUAAUAAUAACUAUUAUGUCGUUCAAAAAUUUCUGUGCCCCUUCUCAAAGCAAAACGUCGGGGUUAGGGGGUACAGAAUUAUUUGAACGAUCUAAUAGUUAUCCUCCUUUUUAAUAAUUUAUAGUUUUAAGUUGCUAAAGGUACCAUACAUCUUGUAUAUAAGAUUUCAUCGAGUUUUAUAAGUUAUAUUGCAAUCAGUUCAAACAUUUUAACGCAUUUUAGAUUAAUCAAUGCAAGUUCAAGAUCAACCUUACGAGAAGAGAUGGCGGCAGUAAGAGAUUGAUAUUCGGAUUCAACGCUAACAAAGGUAUUUUAUCAAUAGAUAUAUAGUAAUUUUUCGCUUUAAAAUUUCUUUUGAUAAAUUAAACAUUACAUUUAAUUUUAGAACCAAAAAAUGAGACCAUUUUGCAAGAAAGGUUCUUCAUCGUCCACUUCCAUUGGAGCCCGAAAAGAAUCCAGUUUCUGAGUGGUGGAGCUAUUGCUAUAGGUCACGAGAUCAAGGGGUAAAGUUUGAAUAUUACUCUUUUUUGUCCAACAUGUUAAUAUUUUACUCUGAUUGACCUUCAAGUUUUCGUAACUUUUCUAAAGGCUAAAAGUAUAUGUUUUAGAAGCUGUGCCAGCUCGGAUGAAAAGCGGCAAAACCGUACUUUAUAUCAUGGUCGAAUUAGAACAAACAACAUUAACCGAAUGUAUCUUGACGUUGUAAGUUGACUUAAUUUUUAAGUAUAAGGUUAAAAUUAGUUUAAAGCAUGACGAGCACUAUUAGAUUGUAAAAAUAAUUCUGUGCCCCUUAAUAACAAAAAUUUGCUUUAUGCAGGAGUACAGAAUUAUUUGAACAACCAAAUACUAUGAAAAUGCAUUUUACAGAAUUUUGGAUUAUUUGAACGACCUAAUAUUAUGUUAAAGAUGACAUUGUUGUAGACAUAUCUUCCUGACGAAACAGUGCUAAAUGAGGUUAAACAGAAAGACACCGAUAUCACCAUAGAAAUCCAAGAGAUGCUGGAUGCUAACAAACUAUUGGCAAUAAUACUGUAA